AUGCCUGUGGAUUCCCGAUUUCCGCGUCUCCCUGCAUGCCACGCCUGCUAUACGAAAAAGGUCAAGUGCGAUAAUAAUCGACCGAAAUGUGCGCCUUGCGUCCGCAGCGGAGCUGAAUGCAUUACACUUGGCCUUGAUGGCCACCAGCCGGUGUCUCGAGGGUACAUCACCGACCUCGAGCAGAAAGUCCGGUCGCUGCAGAGCAACCUGCAAGAUGCCAUCGACGAUCUGCCUGAUGACGGUGGAGAUUCUAGCAGGAAAAGGAGGAACAGUACGCGCUCGACAUACAGCUCGCCCAACUUCACCGAAGGAGCGGGACUGAGUUUUAUGCGACCGCUAUUUUCUGAUCCUGGCUGGAGAGCGCAUAAUCCCACGAUUCUGCAGAAUCUGUCGCGGUCUGCGCGCCUGGCGGAGGCCACAGUCACCCCGAAUGGCCUGCCCUCUGCAGAGGAUGCGCGGGUUAUUUUUGAUAAGUAUCUUAAUGGGAGCCAUGUGCUGAAUCCGUUCCUGCUUCGGCGAGAGGUCGAGGACGUCUACCAGCGUGUCUUCUCUGGCAACGAGUCGCAGUCUGCAUCGCAUGAUCUAUUUCGUGCCUUUAUGCUACUCGCCACUGGCUCAAUCCAGUCGUAUCGCAGGGGAUCUCACCAGUGGCAUCCGUACGGAUACUUCCUGUCUGCCAUGCAGCACUUCAAGUCCGACUUCCUGUCGCGCGGCAUCCAGUCAAUCCAGGACCUGCUGCUCGUCGGCCGGUUUGGCAUCUAUCAUCACAUUGGCACGUCCAUCUGGGAGCUCACCCAGCUGUGUAUUCGUCUCUGCAUCGAGCAGGGCCUGCACAAGCCACCUACAACGCGUAAAGGCCUCCUCCAGGAGCAGCUGGAGCGCAGGGUGUUCUGGGAAUGCUACGUAAUUGACCGAUACAGUUCUAUUACUCUUGAUCGGCCUCUGGCAAUCUCUGAUCGCGAUAUACGCGUCUUACUGCCUGUUGAUGCCAAUGACGAGGAACUGGAGGCCGCCGAGGGCACCAUCUCAGACCUCGACCUCUUCCAGGUCUCCCCGCAGAUCCGGUCAGGACAUUCCGAAUUGACUGUUUUCUUCACCUCUGUGCGUCAUCGCCAGAUCACAUCCAAGAUCCACAGUCUGUUCCAGUCCAAAGGCCCGUCAGAUGGUGCUCCAUCGGUAACCGCCACCGGACGCAUAUACGCAAACCUAUACCGGCUCCUGGACGAGCUAGACAACUGGCGACGGUCGAACCCCGUGUUCGAGAAUCCACGCUGUCUGUACGAAACGCAGGACUGGUUUGACCUACGAUGGAUGCGCGAGCGACUGAUUCUAGUGCGAAAGGCCAUGGACCUGGUUCCGAAGCGUGGCAAUAUCCCUCCUCGCGACCUUCUUUCGCUCUGUCUGCAGAACGCGACAAAGGUCAUUACUGUCUAUUGUCGACUGUAUGGAAGCCAGCAAAUGACCUACACCCGAAGCUACUUCCAGACCCUCUUUACCGCAGGCCUCUCUGUUUUGUUCUACCUGUCUGUGACGCCUGAUCCGGAUUCUGGUACGGUUGACCAGGCUAUGGACGCUCUUGCGCAGUGUGAGCAGGGGUUGAAAGAAUUAGGAGACGAUCUACCAGAUGCAGCUCAGUAUGUCGCUGUAUAUGAAGCUUUAUACCGGCACAUAUCCCACAAACUCCGACAGAACGGGCGAUGGAGUGGCCUUGCAUCUGCCAAUGUGAAUUCGUAUACCCAGCUCCAUUCCCAUCAUAAUGCAGUUGAGAAUGGCAUAUCCCAUACGCAGCUUUCUGGCAUGCUCGGAGAAUGGCCGCUGCCGACUCCAAACAGCCUCCCUGCAGGGACGGACGACUCGAUUGGCAGCCAACCACCCGUGCCAGAGGAACUGCUCUCCUUCGGUACGCUCUUCUGGGACGACACCGUCUGGAAUAUGGAAGCUGGGCUUGGGGAGUACGCAUACGGCAAUCCACACGGCAUUCCAGCCUGGGACGAUGGGACUUUUCCAUUAUAA